ACGGUCGUCUUUGAGACCAUGUCCUCUCCCGUCUCCUUCCCCAAAAUCCCUCUCCUCCUCCUAAAUCCUCACCGGCGCUCCUCCUCACUCCGACCCUGCCAUGUCAGCUAGUCUCGCUGGACCCCACCUCACCUGAACCACCACACCGUUGUUCUCCUCCUAUAAACCCGCCAUGGCAAGUAACGCCAAGGAAGAGCCCAAAACCGCUCCUCAACCCGAUCGGUGGUACAACCUAACCCUAGGCCCCUCCUUCAAAGACGAGUCCUCCAGCAAGUUCUGCACCCUACGAUAUGAAUUCAAGCCGGCGUCGAUUGACAAGACGAAGCCGGGGUCGCUGAAGAAGACCAAGGACAACAGAGUCACGGUGGAGUUUCAGAACAACCAGUUAGGGAAGCCUAACGUGUUGUUUAAAGGGAAUAGCGAGGAUUAUAAAGACAACGACGCCGUUUUGUUUUUCGACGGCCAGACUUUCCGGCUUGAGAGGCUUCACAGGGCGGUGAAGCAGCUCCGCCAUGACCGCCAGCCUGGGGAAUCCGUCGGGAUUCCUCUCGAGCCGCAGCUGUCCCCGCCGCCCGGCAAGGUCGCCAAGACAAUGCAUCCUUCUAGGAAUUCAUUCCCUGCUGUGCCGGUUGAGGUGGAACGAAUUGAUAUUGGCGUACCCGAGAAUUCAGGUACAAAAUCUGCAAGUAAAGGUGUGGCUGAUCACUCAUAUGAUCAACCAAAUGUCUCUGCUGCUUCGCCAGACCCCAAGGAUGAUGAAGUUGAGGAACAUCAAGAUAUAGAUAUUGAUGAACUUUUUGGUAGUGGAUCACCCGAAGAUGGAAAUGCCGCUGCUGAAGAUAAAUCCAAUGCUGAAUUCGAUGUCAAUAUGCCUCAUCAGAACGAGAUUGAUGAUGAGAUUGCUGAUGUAGAUGUUAGUGGCGAUGAAGUUGAUAAGGGCCCAAAUGCUGCAGAAGCCCUUCGAGCUCAGGUGAAUGCGGAGGAGAGUCACGAGCAGACUUCUUCUUCUAGUAGUAGCAGUGGAAGUGGGAGUAGCAGCGGAAGUGGUAGCGCAACCAGCAGCAGUAGCAGUGACAGCGAAGCCAGCGAUGACGAUUCUGCAGUAAACUCAAUCUAACACACUGGACUGACACAGCUGUACUCUGUCACAAGGCUCUCCGAGAGUCUAGCCGGGGUAGCUUCCCCCAAACCCCAUAAAGCAAAAGAAAAGAUAUACGUCCUGUUAUUUAUGAGAUGGUGAUAUGUGCCAGUAUUUGUACAACUCUGAAUCUAUAAAGCUUCUCUGUAUGGAUUAAAACCUCGUUUGAGAAUUUUUUUGAUAAGUGAGUAAUAAGCUCUUUCAUGCACCAAAAGAUAUGAGCUUGCAGUCUUGAAGCUGCAACCUUUGGGAUGUCGGCAAUAUAAGACUUCAGAUUUGUUUGCCAAAGGAA